AUGAAUGUCAACCUGAAGUGUAUCCGUGAAAAGCUCAAUAAAAUCAAGCCUUAUGCAAUAAAAACCGUGUCUGAUACGCUACAAGGAUAUGCGUUUGGAUGCAUGGUUGGUGCUUUUUCUCCAGAGCAGCCCCCCACAUUGAGCAACAUUCAUAGGUCUGGAAAGUCGUUUGCCAGGAUAUCUCUGGUCUACUCCUCAACCGAGUCUGUUUUGCAUGUAUGUGGAUUUAAGGAGUCUGCUUUCAAUAGCUUCAUCAGUGGGGCUGUUGCUGGUGGGAUGGGACCAAGUAAUAACACGAAGGAGUCUGCAGUAUUCCGAGCAUCUGCACUUGCAACAUAUGCUGGUGUGUUUUCAAUAUUGAACCCAGGGUUGCAGAAGUAG